AUGACGACGGAGAAGCGAAAUUUCUCAGGCAUUUCAUUCUCUUCCAAGAAAAGUCAGCAGUCUGACGGUCACGUAGCGACAUCCACAAAGCUCAAGAACUUCUUCCGAAUUAGUAGCAAUGGAGGACAGGCUACGGCUGGGGUCGAUGGGCUUCCAACACCCAAGUCAGAGAACAAGACACCCAAAUCGUCGCGUAUGUUUCCUGGUCUAGGCAGAAACAGGUCACAGACGACCGCUAGUGAGGGACAUGCUCUAGACGACGCUGUUUCACCAACUGCACAUGCGAAUCCAUAUUUUGCCCACCAAGGACCUCCGAAUUUACGCCACCAUAACGAUACCAGUGUGCCUCCCUCUCCUCCCGAAACACCAAAGGUUCAGGUCAAUGGCGUUGAAGGGCCACAGGAGAGCCCAGUAACUGCUGGCAGGGAAGAGUUGGCACGGAAAUUAAGAAGAGUGGCUUCUGCGCCAAAUGCGCAGGGAUUAUUCUCGAAAACUACGAAGGGCGCAGACAGACCGGGCACAGCUGAGCUAUCAAGAGAACCGGUAGUGCUACAGACUGAGCCUGAGCCGAUGCUUGAGAUAGCUCCGGCCGAGGCUACGAACGUUUCUGGCUCUGUACCUGACACAGGAAAACUACCUCUGCCUGGCCAGAUACGUCAAGCUGCUGCUUUUAGACGGACGUACAGCUCAAACUCAAUAAAAGUGAGGAACGUUGAAGUUGGUCCAAGCAGCUUUGACAAGAUCAAGCUCAUUGGUAAGGGAGAUGUCGGCAAGGUAUACUUGGUCAGGGAAAAGAAGUCAAACAGGCUCUAUGCCAUGAAGGUUUUGAGCAAGCAGGAGAUGAUUAAGCGAAAUAAAAUCAAGAGAGCACUUGCGGAACAGGAGAUUCUGGCGACCAGCAACCACCCAUUCAUCGUCACUUUAUACCACUCGUUCCAAUCCGAGGAUCAUCUUUACCUAUGUAUGGAAUAUUGCAGUGGUGGUGAAUUCUUUCGCGCACUCCAGACACGGCCAAACAAGUGUGUCACCGAGGAAGACGCUCGGUUCUAUGCAGCCGAAGUAACAGCUGCACUCGAAUACCUACAUCUGAUGGGGUUCAUCUAUCGAGAUUUGAAACCUGAAAAUAUUUUGUUACAUCAAUCUGGACAUAUAAUGCUUUCGGAUUUUGACUUAUCGAAACAGUCGGAUUCAGGAGGCGCACCGACGAUGAUCCUCGGCAGCAGAAAUAGCACCAAUCCGUCUGGAUAUCCACUUGUCGACACAAAAUCCUGUAUUGCCGACUUUAGGACGAAUUCCUUCGUGGGCACCGAAGAGUAUAUUGCUCCUGAAGUGAUCAAGGGCAAUGGCCAUACGAGCGCUGUGGAUUGGUGGACCCUGGGCAUUUUGAUUUACGAGAUGCUUUUUGGCACGACGCCAUUCAAGGGCAAGAACCGGAACGCAACCUUUGCCAACAUUUUGCGUGACGAAGUGCCAUUCCCUGAGCACGCCUCGGCAACCCAAGUCUCGAACCUUUGCAAAUCAGUUAUUCGCAAAUUACUCAUCAAGGACGAGGUACGACGAUUAGGCUCACGAGCAGGAGCAUCAGAUGUGAAAAACCAUCCAUUCUUCAAGCCCAUCACCUGGGCUUUACUUCGUCAUAUGAAACCGCCAAUGAUCCCACAUCAAGGCCGUGCAAUCGAUACCGUCAACUUCCGCACGGUCAAGGAGAGCGGCAGCAUCGACCUGGGAACGAAUCCCAAGUUCAUGAAGGGCGUUCCGCUUGACUCAGGCAUAGCAACACCAGCGGGAGAAAUCGCUGAUCCCUUCCUGGAAUUCAACAGUGUAACCCUGUACCACGAUGACGAUGACAUGUCCGCUACGAGGCAUGAAGGACCAAUAACGAAUGGUCGAUGA